AUGGGCAGACAUAUCGAAAGGCUCUCAGCCGCACUGGCCAGCUCUGUCAUUGUCGACUAUUCUCUCAUCGUCCCAAGCUGGGGAGAGAAAAGAUACUCAGGUCCUGAAUUUGCCAAAGAAUGGCUGUCAGCCAAGCACCUUGGGCUUAAGCCUUUGGCGACACAGCACUUGCUUGGGCUGCCUUAUUUCAAGCUCGUGGCAGACGAGGAGAUAGUGGUAGAAUGGCAGCAACUGGUCUCUCAUGGCCGGCGCGAGAGUGGAGUGACCCAUGCAGUUCAAGAAGGAGUCGCGGAGACAAGCGAUCGUCGCAGCUAUGUCGAGCAUCGCUUCAUCAAGGUCGAUGGUAAAUGGAAGAUCGCGAGGAUCACCCCAAAGUUGAUUUACAACACGGGUAACUUCAUGCGGAUACGUCGGCCAGAGGGAGAUUCGUAA